AUGAUUCAGACCUCUUACUUCCCUUGCUCCAAAGGGAUGAGACAAGGGGAUCCGUUGUCCCCGUUUCUUUUUCUGGUUGUCAUGGAGGCGCUCUCCGUUUUAAUGGAGAAAGCGGUAGGGAAAGGAGUUUUUAAGGGGAUCUCCCUUCCUAACGGUGGGCCUUGCGUCUCUCAUCUCUUUUACGCUGAUGAUGCGAUUAUCAUGGGCGAGUGGUCGGUUGAUAAUGCGAUUAACGUAAUUCAGGCCUUGAGAUGCUUCCAUAUUUGUUCAGGGGUGGACCGGAGUGAUGUGGACCUCGUGGCUAAUUCUCUUGGGUGUUUAGCUGAUGACUUUUCAUUCAAAUAUUUAGGAAUUACUGUGGGAGCGAACAUGAACAGGAUUUGUAACUGGAGGCCGGUGUACGAAGUUUUAGAGUUAAGGUUAUCCCUCUGGAAGGCGUCAGUGCUUUCUUUAGGGGGAGAGUUACGUUAA